UACAUCAGCAAUCACAUCACAUCCAUCUCCCAUCGAAGCCGCUUUGCCAAUCACAGAGGGACGGCACGCAGCUAGGCGGAACAUCAAGGUCAGGGACGACCAUGAGAAUGAAGAAGCGCCGCGCAUCACAGGUCGGGCCGUUGGUAAUGAGGGCCGUCAGAUGAAGCGGUUGAAUGUGAUGACUCACGAAACGAGCAUCUUUGACGUCCUUCCUUUCCCUGUCAAUAGCUGAAUCAGGCGCAUAUCACGCUCACACAUGAGGCCGGCCGAGUGGAUCAGGCGACGACGCCAGCCAGAUGAAGCGGACUACCUCACAGACAGUCCCUCUGCCCCUCGUACCCAGGGCCACUGGCAAUCGCCAGCUAGAAGUCGCACUCAAGUUCCUUUCUCGACAGCAGAUGCAUCCUCGCCCCUCUCCUUCGCGCAUCGCAGCCCGCCAAAGUCAUCUGCGACAGCAGCUUCUGUCUCCUCCUUGACAGCUCGCGGCUUCUUCUCGUCCCGCACUGCCACUGCAUCGAGCACUCCCCUAGACCUGGCGGCCCGACAUCGAUCCCUUGCGAUUGACAAGCAGCUGCGCCUUGAAGCGGCGGAGAUCAAGCGCGAAAGAGGCAAAGAACGCACUAUCCUGCUACUCGGCCAAGCAGAAGCGGGCAAGACCACCGUCUUCAAGCAGAUGCGAUUGCUUUACAAGCGGCAGGCAUUUGAUGGCGAGAGGGAGGCGUGGAGAGCUAUCGUGCUGCUGAAUGUGAUGCAUGCGGUGAGACUGUUGAUGCGAGCAUUUGAGCAUCACUUGGUGCAGGCGCUGGAGAAGGCCGCUGCGGUGACUCAUGAGGAUGCGCCGAGGAGCCGUCAUCGACAAACGGCAAGGCGGUCAAAGGCAGCUUGCGGCGUCAACAACAUGCCUUGGAGCAGCAGUGGCAGCGCCAGCGGUGCGCAGUCGCUUGGCUCCACUCAGAUGGCACUUUCACCAGUCAAGGCCAGUGUCGCGGUGAGGAGCGAGCUAGCCUACCUUGACCGGCUUCGCGCUUCGAUCGCCAAAUUCUUGGAACUAGAGGCGCCCCUGCGCAAGACCUUGGGCGCAUUCGAGGGAGACAAACACGCUUCCGAAGGUCCGGCCCGCCCUCAUCACUCACGCAGCAGUGUUGAACACACGGCUCGUCCCUGGCUCAAUCGUCCAGUCUCCGCCGAUGGCCAACUCCUUCUCCGCUCUGGAUGGCAGGAGCGUCUCCGUAUUGCCAAGCAGGCGUCAUUCUCUGUCCUCAGUAGCAACGCCCACAGCAAUGAAUCAGACGAAACGCAAAGGCUCCGUCACAUCCCUUACUCGUCACCGCGGUACCUGGGGCCAAAUGGCUCACCCCUGCCGACGCCGCUCGAGCUGCGGCGUAUGAAAAGCGCCAGCAGCGGUCGAAGCAUCGGCCUCGACACAAAGUCGCCGGCUGAGUACGGCUACGCCGGCGUAGACGGGGGUACCACAACAAGUUGUGAAGACUACGAGGCCCUAGCAGCGAAGGCCCUUACGACCAUAGUAAAUGAUGUGAUCACCCUCUGGCGCCGACCCUUCACGCAGCGGAUUCGGGCGAGCGGAGGCAGAUUUCAUUGUGAUGUCAGCGAUCUCGGGCAGGGAGCGAGAGGACAGUCAAGCACUGCUGCCAGUGGAGCACACCCCAAGGUUGUGGACGGCAGCGAAAGCAUCACUUCCUCCAGCUCUGUCUACUUCCUCGACUCACUCGCUCGCAUCGCAUCCCCCACCUACAGACCCAGCGAUAGCGACAUUCUUCAGUCUCGCCUGCGUACAUUCGGCGUUCACGACGAGGCGAUCACCCUGCCUGGGCGCGGAGCUCGAUACCGCGUUAUUGAUGUUGGUGGGGCGAAGAAUCAGAGGCCUGCUUGGUCACAUCUGUUUUCUGGACCCAGCGGAGUGGGUGAGGAGAGGCAGUUCCAUCAAUCGCGUGGCCACGGCGUUCGACCAAGGGCCAACGGCAGCUCGAGCGGCACUCGAGGAACAAGCAGGCGACCUCACUCUAUCCUCCACCACCAUGCCUCCUCUCACCCCCUGGACGUCCGCCCAGAUCUCAUCCUCUUCCUCGCCCCACUCUCCACCUAUGACGAGGUCCUCUCUGAAGAUCCGCGCACAAAUCGCCUCGACGACUCACUCGAGCUCCUAGAGCAGAUCCUUGAGUCGAUCAGCCUGAAGGAUACGGUCGUGGUCGUGCUGCUAAACAAGGCUGAUGUGCUGAAGAAGAAGGUGGAAGCUGCGGCUAGGGGUGGGGAACAGGGUGGAUGUAGGAGCGUGGCGGAUGUUUGGCCAAGAGAGUGGGAGCGCUUCAUCAAGGCAAGGAAGCGCAAAGCUCCUCCUUCGAGGGACGGCAACUCUGAAGGAGGCGACACUGCAGCCGCUGGCACCCUUCUACCCACGACCGCCUUUCACCUCUCACUUCACUUCCUUGAGUCACGCUUCCGCAGCCUUGUACGAUCGAAGCAUCAUCUCAGCCCGCAAAGGGACGUCCAUGUACGUACGACUGUGGCGACGAGCGAGGCGAGGAUGAGAGAGGUGUUGCAGUUCGUGGAGGAGGGGGUACUAAGGCAGGAAUUGAGGGGGCUAGGUCUGACGUGAGGCGGAAGCGACUGGGUGCGUCGGCUUAGACACGAUUGGAAGACGAUAGUGGAUUUGUGGCAUUAGUAUGCAGAGGA